AUGGGUGUCUGUGCUUCGUGCCUGGGCGGCAAUCGCCAGGAAUCCCCCGAGCCUGAGUCCUCGCGUCUCUUGGAUGAGGAUCCCUAUCAGGCGGGCUACAAUUAUGGCUCGCUUCAUACGCAGCAGGCCAACCAGCCGGAUCCGGAAUAUGUGAGGCGUGAGCGUGAGGCUUUGGAUGCUAUCUGCCAGCGCACUUCAGACUCCGUCAUUGAUAUCUGGUCCCUCCAACCUCAACCACACCUCCAACCCCAAGCCACUCUCCCCGGCCCAAUCUCCGCAGCAAAUUCACCAACCCCAUCUCGCGAGAACGCCGUCCUCACAGUAUCCACCACCGACAAGGAUACCAGCCGUCCUACCUCGGGCAACACCGCGCCCAAACACUGGGGCGAAGUGGUAGUCAACACCAACAAGAAGCGCUCCCGCCAAGACCUCAAGGACGACGGAGUCGUAACCCGCGACGUCUUUGGUGUUCUCAAGGUCACCUAA